AACCCCAGUUGCCCCCAUAAACAAAUAAAUAAAUUUAACCUUUAGAAAAGUCUUCUAUUUAGAAAUGAGUUAUUCAGGAAAGAGGGUUGAAGGAUCCUCAGAUUUGUGAACCUCUUUUUUUUAGGAUUUUAAUGUCACCCAUUUCUUGAAUUAAUGUGUCUUAAUCAUUACAAAGAUGGGUAGAAAGGAUUCAGUCCUUAAAAGCUAGAGAGGAUCACAAAAGGGAAAGAGGAAUAAUGGAGGAUUAGCAGCAACAAUUUAUCAUGUGAAAAUGAUAGCAAUUGGAUUUUAUGUUUUUGGCAUUCUAUUAUCAUGAAAGUUGUAAUUUCAUGUUCCUAGUAAAUCAUUUUUUGGGUUUAGGACACAUUUAAAUAAAUAUCAGGCACCUAUUAUUCAUAAAAUUUACAGGAAUAUAAUGAUAAAAACAAACCAGUUUUCUAGGAGCUUAUAUGUAAUACAAACACCAAUCCACCAAACAAUGCUUAGUAAUAAUAAUAACAGCUAUUAUUUAUGUAGUUCUAUAUCUGUUUUACAGGUGAGAAAACUGAGGCAAACAGGUUGAGUUGCUCAUGAUCACAUGACUUGGAAGUAUUUGAGAUCAGAUUUGAAUUUAGGUUCUUUUUACUCUAGACCUUGAACUUAUCUCACUAUAGCACCUGUUAGCAUGGUGCCUGGCUUCCGUUGGCUGCUGCUUACUAAAUAUUGACAUUAAAAGCCUACUAUAUGUAAAGUGCAGGAAAUAGAUUCAAAAUGACAAGUAGUUCUUUCUCUGAAGGCCCUUGCAUUAUGCUAGGGGAAAACAGUAUAUUUAUAGAUAAAUAUAUACAAGAUAAUUGAGGAAGAGAGCAUCUUGCAGAAGCCCUGCAUUAGUAAAGACUGCCCGGUGGAGAUUGCAAAUGAAUUGAGUUUUUAAGGAUGCUAUGGACUAAGAUGUGAUUGAAUGCUAGAGUUUAAAAAACAAUAUGUGGGAUAUUUUGUCUAUCAAUCAAAAAGAAUUUAUUUUACCUUCUAUCUAUAUGUCCCAGGCAUUGUGGCAAGCACUGGGAAUACAAAAAGAGGCAAAAAAGACUCCCUGCCCUCAAGGAAUUUAAAAUCUAAUAGGAGAGAUAAUAUGCAAAUAUGUGUACAAAUCAAGGUAUUUAUGGAAACAAGUCUAGUCAGGUUUUGAACCUGGGAGAUUAAGAAGAUGGUGUUCCCCUAAUAAUAGGGAAGCUAGGAGUGGGAAAAUGUUUUGGGGAAAGAUAAUGAAUUCUUUUUUGAUCAUAGUGAGAUUUCUAUUGAAAUUUCAGAUUUCUACUAGACAUUUGGUUUGAGAUAUCUGAAAGGCACUUGGAGACAUGAGAUUGGAGGUCAACAGAAAGAUUGGGACAACAAAUGUAGAUUUGAGAAUCAUCAGUACAGUGAUGUUAAAGUCCAAAGUGAAGUGAUAUAUAGAGAAAAGAGAAGAUGGUCAAGGAUAUAAUCCUGAGGAACACUUACAGUUAGAGAGUGUAAUCUGGAGGAAGACCCAACAAAGGAGAACAAGAAGGUUAGGUUUACUCAGUAUGUUCCCACUGGCUGAAAAAGACAAGUCUAUUGCUCGAUUGCUGUUCAGUACUGGCACUUGUCCACGAUGUAUCUUCAGAUUCUGUGGUGUGGAUUUUCAUGCACCUUACAGACUUCCAUAUAAGGACUUGCUUAGGGAGCUAGAGAAUUUCCUGAAAACUGAAGAUGAUGAUUUAUCUUUGGAAGCUGCUAAACCACCCCUCAAGAAGAUUCGAUUACAAGAUGAGGAAACUCAAAUUGAUGAUCAGAGUCAAAAUGGUGGGGAGAUGAUUGCCAUUGUGAAGGAUGAAAAUGUGAUACCUGAGAAGCCAUAUCUAAAUGCAUGCAAUAUAUGUUUGGGAAUUCUGCAAGAAUUCUGUGAGAAGAAGUUCAUUAAAAAGGUGUGUCAGAAAGUUGAGUCUUCUGGGUAUGAAUUCACCAACUUGGUAUUUUCGGUGUCCUUCCCACCACAGUUGUCUGUAAGAGAGCAUGCUGCAUGGUUGCUGGUAAAACAGGAAAUGGGGAAACAGGGUCUAUCACUGGGAAGAGAUGAUAUUGUUCAACUUAAAGAAGCCUACAAAUGGAUUUCUCAUCCCUUGUUCUCAGAGGAGCUGGGUGUUCCUGUUGAUGGAAAGAGCUUGUUUGAAGUAAGUGUGAUCUUUGCUCACCCUGAAACAGAUGAGGAUUGCCACUUCCUGAGCACCUCAUGCCCAGACUGUUUCAAACCAGCCAAAAAUAAACAGUCUGUAUUCACCAGGAUGGCAGUUGUGAAAGCUUUGGACAAAAUAAAAGAUGAUGAUUUCCGCAAGAAGUUUCCUUGUCCACCAAAUUUACCAAAGGCUUUUUGUUCUGCUGUUGAAAUUCAGUGUGCUCAUGGUGCAGUCUUUGUAGCUGGAAGAUAUAAUAAAUACUCCAGAAAUUUACCACAAACUCCCUGGAUAAUUGAUGGAGAAAGAAAACUGGAAUCCUCUGUGGAAGAAUUGAUUUCCAGUCAGUUAUUGACAGUAUUUAAAGCUGAGAGUUUUAACUUUUCGUCAUCUGGAAGAGAAGAUGUGGAUGUGAGAACAUUAGGAAAUGGAAGGCCCUUUGCAGUUGAACUGGUGAAUCCUCGUAGAGUCCAAUUCACCUCACAAGACAUUAAAGAACUUCAGCAGAAAAUCAACAUCUCCUCAGACAAAAUCCAAGUACGAGACUUGCAGCUUGUUACCAGAGAAGCAAUAGGACAUAUGAAAGAAGGUGAAGAAGAAAAAACUAAGACUUAUAGUGCCUUAGUCUGGACAGAUAAAGCAAUACAGAAGAAGGACAUUGAAUUCCUAGAUGAUUUAAAGGACUUACAGAUCAACCAGAAAACACCACUUCGAGUUCUUCACCGAAGACCUCUAGCCAUAAGAGUUCGUAUCAUUCACACCAUGGAAACGCACUAUAUAGAUGAGCAUCAUUUUCGUCUCCAUUUGAAGACUCAGGCAGGAACCUAUAUUAAAGAAUUUGUGCAUGGAGAUUUUGGGAGAACCAAGCCAAAUAUUGGUUCCCUGAUGAAUGGGACAGCUGAUAUUCUGGAGCUGGAUGUGGAGUCUGUUGAUGUUGACUGGCCACCUGCUCUGGACAAUUAACUUUGAAGAUGGGAAUCAGAAGAAGAGCUCGGUGAUUGUCCUACCGAUGACAUCUAUCAGGACGUUCAUACACGACAUAGGCUGCAAGAUAGCUUCUUUUCUUUCCCAGAGUGAAAGUGUCUCCGAAACCUACUUGGAUCACAUUGAUCUGCACAGUUUUCUAAUCAUUAACAUUUUUUCACCUAAUUGCUAUUUUCUAAACAUUAAGUUGGUUUGAGGAUAUUUUAAUUGUGGUUUUUCUUUUCAUCCAGUCUAUGAAAUAGUAACAGAUAAUGCUUUUUCUCCACUUCUUUCAUUUUGAGAAGUAUGUAGAAUACAAGAAACAUGUGCUGACAUUUAACAGACCCCCUAUUCAUUAGUUCUCUUCAGUGAGUGAGACAUACUUUGUUCCUUUUGUGUUCUGAAUCAAAAAUUUUCUCUACUCUUUGAAAUAAAGUCAGCUACAAGCUGUACAUAGGCUUAUGAAACAUUAUGAAAGUUGAUGUAGGGGUUUGAGUGCUGGACAUGGAAUCUAGAAGACCUGAGUUCAAGUGCAGCCUCAGACACUUACUCACAUGACUCUAAGCAAGUAUCAUAAGCUAUCAGCCUGAGUUUCCAAAUCGGAAUAAUCAUAGCAUCUACCACUCAGGGUUGUUGACAGGAUAAAAUGAGGUAACACAUGUAAAAUAUUAUGCAAACUUGAAAGCAUUAUGUAAAUUUUAGCUUUUACUUUCAUCAUAUAAACUAUGAUGUACAAAGCUAAUCUCAGCUAAUUGGUUUUUUAGAAUCAUUUACUAGUUUAAUUAUAAUUUGUUGUUUGGCACACUUUUUUACUAACCACCCUAUUAAUCUGGUGUUGCCAUUAUUUUUCCUGUGGAAGAAAAACAGACUCAAGAGUAAUGAUGCAUACAUAGUAUGUAUAGUGGACUUUCAAGAUAUCUUUUAAACAUAAAAGGCUGAGGGCAACCUGGAUUUCUGGGAAUUGUUUGAAAAAUUAGUGAUAAAUAAGAUAUUUAUUAUUGAAGCACUGUUAUCUGUAAUAUCUUAUUUGAUCCCUGCAAUAAUCCUACAGAGUAGGUAGUUUUGUUCUCAUUACUGGGUAUCACUCUGUUGACUCAUAUUGAGCUUGUAGUCCACUAAAACCUCAAGCUUUUUUCCAGCAAACAGCCGUCUACCCAGCCUUCCCAAAUAUUCUUCUAGAGCCUGAAAUCAGGAACACAGGCUUUCCAGUGUAAUUAGCAGCUGAUGCAACAUAGUGAAAAUUUUUGUUCCAAGGAUAAAGAGAAAGCAAGAAGGCACGGUAGAACAACUGAAGAAUUGGGAGAGAUCUGGGUUCAAAGUUCAGUCCUAUUUGUUUGACUUUUUCUGAUAAACUGAUAUUCCUAAAGUGCAUGUUUACCUUUAUCUCUGUCCUGCCCCACAAAUUCCAUAUCUACUUUAGAAUUAAAUACAAAUUCUCUAAUUGGCAUUUCUUUGAUUCUAACUUUGUUAUACAUUACUUCCCUUCUGCAUGCUUUGAUCUGGCUGAACUAACCCAUUUGCUCAGUAUUGUCUUAUCUCUUAGAAUCUCUAGUUUCUUUCAGAAUUCAUCUUAUUCAAUUAUGUGAAAUCUUUCCUGAUCCCCUUUCACUCCCCAACCUCUCACCAUUAUCCUUUACUUUUUAUGAUCUGUCUCAAAAAUGUAAGCUUCUUGGAGUCAAGGGCUCUGUAACUCUCUGUCAGAGCCUGGCACUAGAUGGUGGGGCUUAAUAAAUGUUCUUUGUUGAUAU